ACCGAAAAGUAAGGGAUGCCGAGUAUAUAAAGACCACUUUCGGCUUUCACCACCGUUGUGCGGUCGACAUCAUCUCAGCUAAGUGACCUUGCCUUGUAUCAUGAAAACAACAAGGCGACAUAACAACUGAUAACGUACCUGAACUAUACUGCAGCAGAAAUUCCAAGCCUUGUAUUCGCUUCAACACAAAGUAUUAUUCUCCAGAUCAACAGCAUUGCGACGGGGAUUCAGUCUACCAGUGUAGAUGGGGUCGAUGAGAUGAAACAAGUUCUCUUCCGACGUCGAUAAGAGGAAGCUUAUAAUGAAAAUGCCUUGAAAACGAUGCGCCCAUGGUCGCUUGAGUGAGAUUUGCCAGGAAAUUUCAAAUUUAAUACGCGCUGCACGUGAUUUUUGUGGCUGUUGUCUGACGCCUUAAGUUCUACGCCCCAACUCUGACAAUCAGCCCUCUUGAGCCCGUCCUGUCGAAGGUCUCUAACGUUCAGAACGCGUGAUGUCGCAGAAAGAAGUGGUUGACGUAUCUAUUACUCAAAAUGGAAGAGGAAUCGGAAACGAACUUCCCCUCGAGUUAAUAGACACAAUUGUCGAAAACAACACAGACGACAAAGAUUCUUUACUCGCGUCAUCGUGUGUAUCCAAGUCAUGGCGCGCGGCUUCCCUACGACAUCUCUUCUCCACCGCAGUCUUUUCGUCCGAAGGCGAUUUUAUGCGCUGGCGUGACAUUGGAUCCCAUUUGCCCCAAGUACCUCUUUUUGUUAAGAAGGUCGAGUUUGAGCCCGGGGCUCAUUCCAACGUUGGCCCAAUCCUGUCACUGAAUAAUCAAUACCCGGACGAUGCUCUAAUGCAUCUCACGCGCCCCGACACAGUUUAUUCCUCCAGUCCUUCAUGUUUUCAGCUCCCUGAUAUGCCACAGGCUCGUAAACUAAUCUGGGAUACCCCAUUCUCACAUCCGAUUUACUGCACGGUUUCAACGCAGCAGUUCCUAUCGACAUUUUGCUCCCUCAAGGAGGUGGAGCUCUGGGGGAGCUUUGCGACUAUCUCUGAUGCAAAACGAAUCCUGGAGCUGUUCCCCCGGAUAGAGAUUCUCGAUAUCAGAGGCAUUGACAUCGAUGACGCAGGUUUUUCCGGGCCGUCUCCAGCCUUCGCUGGCGACAUGACCAAUCUUCGUAGGCUAUCAGUCGAAGAAUGCGAAACACCAUUGGACUGGCUGGUCAAUGACAUCCUAGCAGUGUCACAUCCUACAAAUCUUCAGAGUAUCCACUACGAAGACAACUCCUCUUUCUCCCAGAAGGCGUUCACCCGUCUCGUCGCCCUUUCCGCCGAGUCCCUCGAGGAGCUGACCAUUCAAUCGCCAUAUUAUGAAGUGACCCCUCGUGGAGCCUGGACAAACCCGCCUCACUUCACAAACCGGUCUUUUCCUUCAUUGACGUCCCUAACGUUUGGCAUCAAUCAGCUGGGUUUUACCCUCGGACCGUCGACCUCAAUGACCUGGUGCCGUAAGGCCAUAGAAGUCCUCCCACCGGCUCCGAAAUUGACUUCUCUCACCAUGCGCAUUUAUGCUGAAGAACCAGAAGGCGUUGACGACAUUAUGGCCAACCAGUCAUUCGACUGGAAGCAGCUGUCAGAGCUCACUUCAGAGCUGUUUCCCGAGCUGAAAAGAUUCAUUGUGCACGUCUCUAUGGAAACGGAGUUUGGGGCAAGGCGAAAAGCGCUAUCGGAGGCUCUCCUUAAAGAGAGGCUAGAACGUUUCGGGAAGAAGUUGAAGAUUGAAUGGGUGAACGAGAAUCCUGCCUGGGAUGGCAAUGUUGACUGAGAUUCAGAAUAUACCGUUUUUAAUCAGAAUAUUGAAGGGCACCCAUUUAUUCAUCGAUGAACAAGUGACUGGCACUUCAUUGUUACUAUCUAUUACUCAAAGCGAUGCGUCAUCAUGAAUACCAACUUUGUUGUCUGACUCGGGAGUGUCCAUCGCUGAUCACAUCCUUAAGCGCCAACAGUUGGAUGUGAAAUGUAUUGGGUCUGAUUAUGAAUUCAGAUGUCGUUCAAUACGGAACUGCCUUACCUACUUUCCUUUUUCAAUGUCCUUGUAGUUCCCAUCCCCUGUAUUCCCUUUGACGUUGACAAUAUUCCUGGCUUACGGUAUUUUUUGGCCUGUUUCAUCUUUGGUUUCGUGCUUUAAUACACAGGAAGGCUCUUGUUCGCUUAUUGACUUCGUCCCAUACCCUUGCUAUUGAAAUUUUGAGAUGGAGUGAGCGCCAUCGUCCUCCUGUUCCCUGCUGUCAGCGUUUGUGCCAUCAUUGUC